AUGAGGCUAUGUGGGGAAGAUAUAUCUGAGGAGGAUAUGCUCGAAAAAACUCUGAGCACUUUUCAUGCUUCAAAUGUCUUCCUUCAGCAGCAAUACAGACAUAGCGGUUUCAAGAAGUACUCGGAACUUGAAGUGAAUGCCACUUCAUCUCGUGGUAGUAUCCACAAACGUGGGCGAGGGGGCAAGCGUGGCCGCUGGCAAGGAAGCAGAAAAGAUCGUGGUGCUCGUUCAGAGGGUUUCGGUCCAAGAAGCGGUCCAUCCACGAAUGGCAAAAAUACAUCCCGUAAUAAGGGAAAGGCACAGAUGAGCCAUGUGCCUAGAAAUGUUGAAAGCACUUGUCACAGAUGUGGUGCAAAGGGACACUGGGUGCGCGCAUGUCGUACGCCCAAGCAUUUGGCGGAUCUCUAUCAAGCUUCACUUAAGAACAGGAAAGUGGAGAUAAAUUAUAUUGAUCAUGCUCCACCAGCCACAGAUGGCUCAUCAGAAAUAUCGCGUCAGCUAAACAAGACGCAUCUGGAUGUUUCUGACUUUGUUACUGAAAAAGGGAAUGAAGCUUCUGAGUCCGAAUUAGAUUAA